CUCAUCAGUGCCGUGACAUCUGAUGACAUCAUCCGAAAGGGCUUAUACCCUGAACCAGGUGCAAAUGUGUCAAUUAAAAAUGGAGGAGGUGCAAAGAAAACAGAACACCACUGGGCACUCUGUAAGAUUCUGUUUGAUGGCCACGAGGAGUAUGGCAGUGCGUUCGAAAUUGUACUCAGCAACCCAAAAGAAAAAGCCUUGCGACAAGCAUGGGUGCGAAAGAUCAAAAACCGAAUGCAGAUGUAUGUCGUCAUUUGGUUCUGCGAUGUUUUAAUACUGACCCUUUUGGCAGUUUAG